AUGCAUGCCAGAAACCCCCAUUCUCCUUUUCAAAGACUACAUAUGAUGGAUUGCGAUCUUUCAGCUCAGCAGGACACAGGGACCAUGCAAGCUGUAAUUGGUCAGGAUCCAAUGAUAGCUGGACAAGUCAGUAAGCCCUUGCUGUCACUGCAGAGUGAAAUGAAUGCAGAGUUGAGAGGUGAGGACAAGGCAGCUACUUCAGACAACGAGCUGAAUGAGCCCCUGCUUGCGCCUGUGGAAUCAAAUGACAGCGAGGACACUCCCAGCAAGCUCUUCGAGGCCAGAGGAAAUACAGUGCUGCCUGACACGAGCCCAGCAGACCAGCACCAACCCAGUCAGUCCCAUCCUGCAUUCCCUGUUGGGCCUCAGCCACUCCUGACAGCCCAACAGUUAGCCUCAGCAGUAGCGGGGGUGAUGCCAGGAGGCACUCCAGCCCUGAAUCAGCCUAUCCUUAUUCCUUUCAACAUGGCUGGACAGCUGGGGGGCCAACAAGGGCUCGUCCUGACUCUGCCUACUGCGAAUCUCACCAAUAUCCAAGGGCUGGUAGCAGCAGCUGCAGCAGGAGGCAUUAUGACUUUGCCAUUGCAAAAUCUACAAGCUACCUCAUCCCUGAAUUCCCAGCUUCAACAGCUUCAGCAUCUUCAGCAGCUCCAGCACCAACAGCAACAGCAGCAAAGCCAGCAGCAGCAGCAAGGUCAGCAGGCACAGACUCCACAGCCACCCCAGCAGACCCAGCAGACACAGCCACAGCCGGCAGCACCACCGCAGCAAAACCAAACACAGUCCCAGAGCCAGAGCCAGCCGCCUCUGGCCUCACAGUCCUCCAGCUCCCCUCAGAAACCCAGCCAGUCACCAGGGCAUGGCCUUCCAUCUCCUCUUACUUCACCAAAUCCAUUGCAGCUGGUUAAUAAUCCACUAGCAAGUCAAGCAGCAGCGGCUGCAGCAGCAGCAGCCAUGGGCUCAAUAGCGAGCUCCCAAGCCUUUGGCAAUGCCCUCUCCAGUCUUCAGGGGGUCACAGGUCAACUCGUCACUAAUGCACAAGGACAGAUUAUUGGAACAAUCCCACUGAUGCCUAACCCAGUCCCUUCCAGCCAAGCUGCAGGUGGAGCUCAGGGACUUCAGGUGCAGCCAAUAACUCCACAGUUAUUGACCAAUGCCCAGGGUCAGAUCAUCGCUACCGUCAUCGGCAACCAGAUACUCCCAGUGAUCAAUACCCAGGGAAUAACACUAUCACCACUCAAACCAGGCCAGCAGCUCCAUCAGCCCUCCCAGACGCAAGUGGGACAAGCAGCCUCACAAUCCAAUCUCCUGCAUUUGGCUCACAGUCAAGCAUCUAUGUCUCAAAGCCCAGUGCGUCAGGCUUCCUCUUCUUCCUCCUCAUCCUCCUCCUCUUCAGCUUUGAGUGUUGGCCAGUUAGUCAGCAAUCCUCAGACAGCCACGGGAGAGGUGGAUGGGGUGAAUCUGGAAGAAAUCCGAGAGUUUGCCAAAGCUUUUAAAAUCCGGCGCCUGUCCCUUGGCCUGACACAGACUCAAGUUGGCCAAGCCCUAAGCGCCACGGAAGGCCCAGCCUAUAGCCAGUCUGCCAUCUGCAGACACACCAUCCUGAGAAGCCACUUUUUCCUACCACAGGAAGCCCAAGAGAACACUAUAGCUAGCAGUCUGACAGCCAAACUGAACCCUGGCCUUUUGUAUCCUGCCAGGUUUGAAAAGCUGGACAUCACCCCUAAAAGUGCCCAGAAGAUAAAGCCGGUGCUUGAGCGGUGGAUGGCUGAGGCUGAGGCCCGCCAUCGAGCAGGUAUGCAGAACCUUACCGAGUUUAUUGGAAGCGAACCAUCCAAAAAGCGCAAGAGGCGCACCUCAUUCACGCCACAAGCUCUUGAAAUCUUGAAUGCCCACUUUGAGAAGAACACGCACCCCUCUGGGCAAGAAAUGACAGAGAUUGCAGAGAAACUGAACUAUGACCGGGAAGUAGUUAGAGUUUGGUUCUGCAAUAAGAGGCAAGCACUGAAGAACACAAUUAAACGUUUGAAACAACACGAGCCUGCGACGGCAGUUCCUAUGGAGCCUUUAACAGACUCUCUGGAAGAAAACUCCUAA